GCUUACUCUCCCAUAUUGUGGUCCCCCUUCCAAAUACAAAAUGCCAAUAGAAAACUGCUGGGAAACAGGCGAGCAUGAUGGUCUCAUCUCCAUCGGUACCCACCGACUCUUCGCAAGUAUCUUCGGACCAGACCGCACAUCCCCCACCGUGCCUGUCGUGAUUAUCCUCCCCGGUGCAGCAGCCAGCAUCAAAGAAUGGGUCGCCAUGCGUCGCAUGCUCCAACCAUCAACACGUGUGUUUCUGUACGAGCGCUCGGGACUAGGCUCAUCCGAUGAAUCGCCACCAGGCGAGCCACCCACGGCAGAAACCAUUGCACGCGAACUGGAUCUUCUCCUGCAGACUCUAGCCAUCAAGCCCCCCUACGUCCUGGUCUGUCAUUCCUACGGCGGAGUUACAUCUCGGGAGUUCCUGCACCGGAAACAGGAAUCCGGAACGCUCCACGAGAUUGCCGGGAUGGUGUUUGUCGACGCAAACCAGGAACGCAACAGCGAGCUAUGGCCUGAUUCGAAUUUCGAUGCUGUCAGUAGCGGAAUUGAUACCAUGGAAGUGACGGGGCUGAAUCACUCCGUGUUUCUGAGCGACGCUGAGCGCAGCGAGAUGAUUGCGGAGAAUGCCAGCGCAAAGCAUCGCCGCGCCGCCGCGGCAGAGAUGGCGCACUACAGAGAGAGUUGUGCGGUUCUAGGGAGAAAGAAGCAGCUGGAGGCUGAGGUGCCAUUGCUUGGGUCCCGGCCUGUCAGCGUAUUAAAGGGAAACGCUGCGUAUGACCUGCGCAAGAUCUAUGCUGCCGGUGUGGCAGCGGGCAGUGGCUCCCCGGAGGAGAGAAUGGCAUACCAGCAGAAAUUGGAUACGUACGAUGAGAAAGAUGAAAGUUUCCAAAGACGGACUACGAAGUUAUCCUCGAAUAGCAGGUUUUCCAGCACGCCUCGGGAAAGCGGCCAUUGCGUGCAUCUCACCCAGCCUGAUGCUAUCAUUCGGGAGAUUCAGUGGGUGCUGGAUCAUACACACUAGAUUCCAAUGAGACGUCUGCACAUGGAUACGAACCUCACUGCUUUGGAGAGUGUCUUGAAGGGGAAGAAGUCCGUGAGUGAGCUUUGGCCUCGAAAGGAAAAAAAGAAGCCCAUGAGCCAGACAGCGCCACCAGAUAACAGCAAUCUUUCCUACUCCGUACAAUUACAGUAAAAUCCCCCUUAGUACUCCGUACCUUUGUAGGCGCAUUGUACACUGGGCUCUCCGGACCUGCUGCUUUAGCUUCCGAGCCGUCCCAGCUCCAUAUAUCAAAUU